GAUACCUGCCUUCUUUUGGUCCAGCGUACAUUCAUUUCUAUGAUGACAGUAGGUUUUAUCAAGGAUCUGUCUUGCUGGCAAUCGCAAGUGAAAAAAUGGAUAGUUCGUUACUCCCCAGACGUAUGCUGGUUUGUUUUCAAAAACACCAACUCUCUGGUUUUGAUGAGAAAGAGAACUUAACUUUUAUGGAUUACAUUGUUUUCGGAACAAUUUUUGAAGUCUCAAUGUUGCGAGAAAAUCUCUGCCCAGGAAAGGAUCUCUGUGUCUCUAUGAGCAUAGGCAGUCAUGGUAGAUCAGUCAUUCAGAACGAAG